UGAUAAAGUUUGUCAAAUCUGCCAUUCGGAUUAUUUUGCAACCAAUAUUACCGAGUGCAAACCGACAAACAAUUCGACAUGACGGAAGAGUAUCAUCAUACUUAUUUUUAUCACAUGUGUUGGCAGGUUUCUUUGUCAUUUUUGGAGUGUUAUCUGCAGAAAGAAAUGUCAUUGAUACAGUUAUUACCAGCAAAUGGACUGCCCUUACUGUAUGCAUCAUAUUUGGAUUACUCUCCAUUCUGUUUUUACUGUUUUCCAGUUGUCGGCGAAGGCUUGGGAUGAGCUCAGAUAUUAUAGAAAAAGAUCCUUCCGUGAAUUUGCAGUUGGGAUUUUUAUGGAUAUUCGGACUGGCAAAUAUGGUAUACUUGAGCAUUAAAAUAAUCAUUUAUUUCGAAUGCUUGGUAAAAACAACAAAUGAUGAUGCUCACAAUACAUUUUUAAUAUUUUCCAACAUAAUUUACUUAGUAUUUCUGAUCUUACAAACCGUUCUUCUUACGUAUAACAAAGAAGCACAAUUUCAAUCAACAUUUUUUCUUCAUUUUUCAAUUGCCAGUAUCCUCGCUGCAAACUUUUCUAUAUGGUAUAGUUCUACCAUAAACAACAUGUUUGCACAGGGAAAUACAACACACUUUCAAAAUAGGUCAUGCUUUCAUGCCUCGGAAAUUCAAAAAUUAUUGGGACGGAAUUUAUCUAUAAUGCUGCUACCACCACAGCUUGAAUUUUGCAUUCUUGCGUCAACCUUACUGGUGUCUCUGUGGCAAAAUGCAUCCAAAUUACAAAGUUUAGGACAAAGUUCUGCAUUUUCUGAAAUACACAGUGACAAUAACACCACAUUUAACACCAGAAAAAUGGAUGGUUACGAUGUAUUAGCUCUUAUAUUUGGGAUAUUUGUUAACCUUCCAAUUCUUAUAUCGACUGUCCUUUUGGAUUUUGUGUAUGAAUGGAAAAAUAAAGAUCUUAUUAUUGUCCUAGACUGCAGUGAGACUCUCAGUGCGUUAUGCACAUGUAUUAUUGUAUAUGUAUGCUGUCAAAAACUGAAGAGUUACUCAAAUUCUGUUAGAAAACAAAUGAUUUUUCGAGAAUAUAUUUUAAUUCUUAGUUCAACAGGAAUCAUGGCCUAUUUUACCUUUGGAUGUUUAGCAAGUAUGUCUGGUUUAACUCUAUCAAAGUCUACAAUUGUUAGUCGUAUUUUUGGAAUAUUGGAAACAUUCUUGCAAACAUUGCUUUUGGUAAGUUAUCAUCGCUAUACACUUCGAGAAUAUGGUUCAAAAUGCAUCGCUGCCUGUGGAAUGAUUCUGGUAAUCACCAAUCUUAUGUACUGGCUACAAGACUCUUACAACAGAAACAUUUUUACCAAGACUCGCUACAUUGGUUUUAUCGAAUGGCACAAAAUGGAGAUUCUUCUUGUGCCCCUGAUGGUAUUUUACAGAUUUUUUUCUGCAAUGAGUGCAUACUCUAUGUACAAGAAAUUUAAAUCUUAUGAAAAUGUAAUGUAAGACGGUGCUAUGACUGUAAUCCUCUAUUCCUUUGAAAUAAUUGAAAAAUAGA